GAACUCGAUGAAUCCCAUAUAUGACCAUUUGAACUAAUACUUGGAUCUUCUUCAAUUCUUGAGUGACCUCCGAUAUCCGGAAGUGGUACUUUAUUUCUGGUUUCUAAAAUACCGACAACAUGAGUACAAUUUCAGCCAAGAUCGUAGUCUGGAUUCUCCUCGCUGCCGUGCUGGUACCUACGGCUCAUGCCUGCAAGACAACAAUACGACCCUUGACUCUUGAGAUGAAAGAGAACUUUCUGUAUGGCAUCAAUGAUGAGCGCAGAUCGAAGCGGCGAAAACCCGUGGUAUGGAACGAUGCCCUGGCUGAGUUAGCCCAACAGAUUCUAGCACACACCUGUACACCGGUCACAGGUCACAAAUUAACAGAAGGAGCUUAUCUGGCCUAUUGUCGGUAUCCGGGUGGCUUUAAACCGGAAGCAGUGGCAGACCUGUGUAGUUAUAAAAUGGCGACAGAUGAGAUGAUGUACAUAACCUCGAAAGCGAGGUUGGUCGGCUGCGCAAUGACCAUAUGUAAAGGUGUCUUUGACUCCGACGAUCAAUCGCUGUGUCUUCUAGCACCAAAAAUAGAUAUGUCCGAAUCUUGAGCCGUAUAUUGAAGCAGGUAACGAUACAGUUGCUAACGACGAUUGCAGUACAAGAAUCAAGGAUGGACUGGGCGGAAACAUUGUUAAAUUUGAUGUACAUGGUUGCCAGUUUUAUGUUAAUGGCGUGAUGAACUUUCAUUCAAUAUUAUCAUGCAUGUAAUAUGUUAC